UGGAUAUGUCUGAUAAUGAGAAAUUGGUGGGGGAGGGAACCACCCCCCGAGGGGCGGACUGGGAAGUUGUCACUCUUAUAGCAUCUGCCACCCAGAGCAGCUCAUCUCGGGGAAGGAGGACGCAGCUAACAACUUUGCCCGUGGCCACUACAUGGUUGGGAAGGUGAUUGUCGAUCUAUGCCUGGACCGUGUGCGCAAGCUUGCAGACAACUGCACUGGGCUUCAGGGAUUCUUGGUGUUCAAUGCUGUUGGUGGUGGUACUGGCUCUGGACUUGGUUCACUGCUGUUGGAGCGCCUUUCAAUUGAUUAUGGCAAGAAGUCCAAGCUUGGUUUCACCAUUUAUCCUUCCCCGAAGCUUGUUAGAGCAACUGACCCCAUUUUAGAUGCAUGGAGAAGUGUUGUCCUGUUUCUUUGAGGGCUUCACAUUGCUUUAAAAUUUUGAUAGCUGGAGGUGUUCCUUUACUUUUUGUACUCAAAUAUUGGUCAUCAUUUUCCUGUUUGGUUGCGUUGCCUCUGCUUGUUAUUCUUGCAGUGAGCGUGAGCGAGGCCGAGGCAUUGUACAAGCUG